AUGAAGAUGCUUACUAAGUUUGAGUCGAAGUCAUCCCGCUCCAAGGGGGUGGCUUUCCAUCCAAAAAGACCGUGGGUUCUUGUAUCGCUUCACUCUUCAACAAUUCAGCUUUGGGACUACCGUAUGGGAACGUUGAUUGAUAGAUUUGAAGACCAUGAGGGACCAGUAAGAUGCGUUGAUUUCCAUCCAACCCAGCCAUUAUUUGUUUCUGGAGGUGACGACUAUUCCAUCAAGGUAUGGUCUUUGAACACCAGAAAGUGCAUCUUUACCUUGAAUGGGCACUUAGAUUACCUUCGUACUGUCUUCUUCCACCAUGACUUGCCUUGGAUUAUUUCUUGUUCUGAUGAUCAAACGAUCAGAAUCUGGAAUUGGCAAAACCGUCAAGAAAUUGCCUGUCUUACCGGCCAUAACCACUACGUUAUGUGCGCUCAAUUCCAUCCAUCUGAGGAUUUAAUCGUCUCUGCUUCGUUAGAUCAAACCGUUAGAGUUUGGGACAUCUCGGGCUUGAGAAAGAAGCACUCUGCUCCAACAUCCAAUUCCGUAAGAUCCUUUGAAGAUCAAUUACAAAGACAGCAAUUACCACAGCAGGACAUCUUUGGUAACACUGAUGCUAUUGUGAAGUAUGUAUUAGAAGGUCACGAUAAGGGUGUUAAUUGGGCUACUUUCCAUCCAACGUUACCUUUAAUUGUCUCUGCUGGUGAUGAUAGACUAGUUAAGUUAUGGAGAAUGAGUGAGACCAAAGCUUGGGAAGUCGACACCUGCAGAGGUCACACUGGAAAUGUGUUGGCUGCAGUCUUCCACCCUCAACAGGACUUGAUUCUUUCAGUAAGUGACGACAGAACCAUUAGGGUUUGGGAUUUAAACAAGAGAACUCCAGUGAAACAGUUCCGUCGUGAGCACGACAGAUUUUGGUUGCUUGCAUCUCAUCCACACAUUAACUUGUUUGCCUCUUGUCAUGAUUCCGGUGUGAUGGUUUUCAAGUUGGAAAGAGAAAGACCUGCAAGUUCUAUUUUCCAAAACAAGACAUUGUUCUACGUUAACCUGGAAAAGCAAGUACAAGCCUACGACUUCCAAAAGCAAGAGCCAACGUUACCUAUGUUAUCAUUGAAAAAGAUUGGAAAGACUUGGUCAUUUAUGAGAACUAUGUCGUACAAUCAAUCCGAUAACAGUAUAUUAGUUACUCAUGGUGAUGGAAGCGAUGGACAAUAUGCAUUAAUCUCGUUACCUAAGCACGUUACUGGCGCCAUUGAACCAACAGAUAUUAGACAAGGUGAAGGUAACUUUGCAUGCUUCAUUUCUAGAAACAGAUUUAUCAGUUUUGUCAAAUCCUCAAAAACUUUAUAUGUCAAGGAUUUGAGCAACAAUGUUACCAAGACUAUUCAAUUGGAUUCUUCCGUAAUUGAUGUGUUGAAUGGUAGUGCCGGUAGUGGUAGAGUUCUCUUGAUUAAGCAAAACCUGGUUGUUCUGUAUGAUGUUCAACAAAGAAAGGAAAUUGCUGAAACUAGUGCCAAUAACGUCAAGUAUUGUUCCUGGUCCAACGACGGACAAUACGUUGCAUUAUUAGCUAAACACACUAUCACCAUUGCCAAUAAGGAUUUAGAGUUAAUCACCUCUAUGCACGAGACAAUUAGAAUUAAGAGUGCAGCUUGGGACGAUAACUCAGGUGUCUUACUUUAUCUGACAUUGAAUCACAUCAAAUAUACCUUGCUUAAUGGUGACAAUGGUAUCAUUAAGACAUUGGAAAACACUUUCUACAUUACCAAAGUAACAGGCAAUUUGGUUUACUGUUUAAAUAGAUCUGGUCAAGUUGAAGUUAUCAAGAUUGAUCCUACUGAAUACAGAUUCAAGAAAUCUUUAAUUAAUAAACACUUCGGUGAAGUGUUAAGAAUUAUCAAGAAUUCGAACUUGGUUGGACAAAACAUCAUCAGUUACUUACAAAAGAAAGGUUACCCUGAAAUUGCUUUACAGUUUGUGGAAGAUCCAGAAACAAGAUUUGAAUUAGCCCUUGAAAGUGGUAAUUUAGAGGUUGCAUUGGAGCAAGCCAAGAAGUUGAAUAAUAAUGCAAUUUGGGAAAAGUUGGGAGAUGAGGCCUUAAACCAAGGUAACUUGGAUAUAGUUGAAUUUGUGUACCAACAAUUACAUUUGUUUGAUAAAUUGAGUUUCCUUUACCUUUAUAAGGGUGAUCAAGAUAGAUUAGGAAAGAUGUCAACAAUUGCCGAACAUCGUGGUGAUUUAAGUUCCUUAGUUCAAAACACUUUGUACAACAAUGAUAUUAAGAAGAGAUGUCAAGUUUACAUCCAGGGAGGUAUGUUGCCUUUAGCAUACACUUUGGCCAAGCUGAAUGGAUUGGACGAGUUAGCUGCUCAAAUCUUGGAACAAGCUGGUGUUGAUGUUAAGGAUGUUGAGUUACCAGAAUUAGGAGAAGUGGUACCUUUACCUGAACCAAUCAGUAACCCAAUUGGUAACUGGCCAAUUAAGGAAGGCUCUAUGAGUUUCUUUGAAAGCGCCCUUUUGACUGGUCAAGUGGAAAACUUGUCCAUUGAAGAUGAGACACCAGCCUUCACACCAGCUAUUUCUAAUGACGAAGACGUUGACGACUUUGAAGAUGCAGAGGAAGUUGAUGAUGCUGAAGGUGGUUGGGAUUUGGAUGAUGAUGACCUUGAUAUCGAAGAUGUUGCUGUUGAAGAAGAUGAUUCACCAGCUGUUGCAGUUUCCGCUGAUAAGGAAGGUCUUGAUGGAGAAAUCGGAUAUUGGUUGCGUAAUGCUAAGACUCCAGCCGAAUACGUAGCCGCAGGUGUAUUUGAGCAAGCAUCUUCCUUACUUAAUAAGCAAUUAGGAGUUGUAAACUUCGAACCAUUACGUGCUAGAUUCCUCGAGGUUUAUCAAUCAAACAAGCUUUACUUACCAGGUAAUGAUGAUUUACCAGCAAUGAGAACUUAUAUCAGAGCCGACAAUGAUGAAGACAAUCCACGGAAAUUCAAACCAUUGAUUCCAGGAUUUGAUUCAUUGGAAGAUAAGUUAGCCCUUGGAUUCAAAUUCUUCAAGGAGAAUAAUUUAGAAUCUGCCAUUACGACCUUCAGAUCCAUCAUUUACACCAUAACAGUUUUAACUGUCUCUGAUGCAGACGAAGAAACCAAAUGUGUCGAAGUUUUAGACAUUUGUCGUGAAUACAUUCUUGGUUUAACUAUUGAAUUAGAACGUCGUGCAGUCGCAGCAGCUGGUGACAACAAGAGAAACUUGGAAUUGGCAGCUUACUUCACGAGAGCCAAUUUACAGCCUGCUCAUAAGAUAAAUGCAUUACAAGUUGCAAUGACUCAAUCGUUCAAGAACAAGAAUUAUUUAUCUGCGUCAUAUUUCGCCGGCGAAUUGUUGAAAUUGGUUACCAGUGGUCCUAGGGCUGAAAAGGCAAGUAAAUUGAAGGCUACAGCUGAUUCAUUUGCAUCUGAUGCUAUUGAAAUUGACUUUGAUCCAUAUGCUGAUUUUGAUAUCUGUGCGGCCAGCUUGACUCCUAUUUACAAGGGCUCUCCAUCAGUAACAGAGGCCUUAGUUGGUGCCAUAUAUAAGGUUGGAGAAAGAGGCAAUAUUUGUAAGAUAACUGAAAUUACCUCUAUUGGGUCACCUGCAAGUGGAUUAAGAAUUAGGGGAUAA